AGGGGAUUCAAGACCCUGUAAAUCGCCUCUUAUUAUAUAGAUUUCAUCUCUUAAAGGCUCAAUCCAAUUUUUUCAAUCCCAAAGCCUUCAUCUCCAUUUUAGUAAUUUGUUUUGUUUGAAAUUUAUUUAUGUAUAUAUAAACAUAUAAAAAAUAUAUAUAUACAUUUAUUUGAUUUAUCAUCGCCACUUCUGGUUUUGCUACAUCGAUAACAACAAAUGGACAACAAAACCAUAAGAUUCAUCGUUGGGAUCGUCGGAAAUGUCAUUUCACUAUAUCUAUAUCUUUCUCCAACACCAACGUUUGUAAAAAUUGUGAAAUUUAAAUCUGUAAAAGCAUUCAAGCCAGAUCCAUAUCUUGCGACUCUUUUAAGUUGUGUAAUGUGGAUCUUCUAUGGCCUCCCCGUUGUUCAUCCACAUAGUCUUCUCAUUGUCACAGUUAACAGUGCUGGUGUAUUAAUUAACGUCACCUUCUGCUCCAUCUUUUUCCGUUAUUCAGCAUGGCCUAUUCGUAAAAAGAUGAUUAUUGUUUUCAUUUUGGAGGCGAUUUUUAUAGCAGGAAUGGUAACUGUUGCUUUGACAUUAGAACACACACACCCUGCGAGAUCUAUGCUUGUAGGCAUAUUGUGUGUCAUCAUGAAUAUUGUUAUGUAUGCAUCUCCACUAACAGUUGUGAAAACCGUGAUCAAGACAAAGAGUGUCAAGUACAUGCCGAUUUUUUUGUCGAUUGGCAAUCUUUUAAACGGGUCUAUUUGGAUCGUUUACGCUGCCCUUGAUUUCGAUCCUUACAUCAUGGUUCCUAAUGUUUUGGGGGCAAUUUCGGGAAUGAUUCAAGUUGGAUUAUAUGUAAAGUACAACAAAACAACCAAUUGGGAUGAGGAAGAAGAACCACCUAAUGAGGUUGAAAUGCCUCCAUCUGCUUCCAAUGCAUAAUAGAAGAAUUAGCAAUCUUGUAAUCAGACACCAUUCUUUUAGUUGUUGCUAUACCAGAUAGUGUAUAUACACGUAAAUGAGGUAUUACAGUAUCAGCCUCAGUAUCAGAUUCGGAACGAAAAAGUUGACAUCGACAUCAUUGUUGUCGAGAGAAAUAUAUCCAAUGUUACCUUUCCAUGAAAGAAAAGAAGAGUCAUUGUACAAAAUGUACAUCUUUUAUUUCUUUUUGUUAGAAAAAAUUGUAAAUAGAUCGAUUAGGUUACAUGUAAAUAUGAUUUGUAAGGAUACUCAUGUAAAAAGUUUUUUUAGGCAUGGAAAAGGUUUUCUGUGUUGAAG